AUGGAAGUCUUCCGCGAUGAAGCCAUCAACGUCUCCGACUCGACCGACUGGCUGGGCACUCCCCUCGCAUGCCUGAUGCCCGUCGAACAGGCCUUCCGCUGUCACGUAUGCAAGGACUUUUACGACGCUCCCAUGAUCACUUCCUGCUUCCACACCUUUUGCUCAUUAUGCAUCCGAAGAUGCCUGUCCGCCGACAGCAAAUGCCCAUUAUGUCGAGCAACCGACCAGGAAUCCAAACUCAGAGGCAACUGGGCUUUGCGCGAAGCCGUAGACGCGUUUAAGGGUUCCCGUAAAGCUCUUCUAGAGUUCGCCAAGGCACCACCGACAGUUGAAGUACCACCAACAAAUCAGUCGGGCCCCAGUUCACCAACAAAACGAAAGGCGACUGAAAUGGAUGGCGCCAAAGAGGAGGACCAAGAAACCAAGAGGCCUAGAAGGUCGACCAGAUCAACAAAGACCAAAUCCGCCGAGUUAACAGCAGCCAUACUACAAGAAGAGGAAGACACGACGCCCUCGGCCGAUCCAGAUUACGUUGACCAACCACCCGACGACGGCCUAGUAGCCUGUCCCAUCUGCCUCACCCGCAUGAAAGAACAGCAAGUCGACCGCCACAUUGACACCUCCUGUCCCGGUUCUCCCGAGGCAGCAGCAGCAGCAGCAGCCAAACGACAAGCGCAAACACCACAACAACCAUCCUUCAACACCCGCCUGGGCCAACAAAACACCAGUCAAACCCAACCCCAAAAACCACCCGAACGCCUCCCAGCCCUAGCCUACUCCAUGCUCCGCGACACCGCCCUGCGCAAGAAACUCUCCGAACUCGGUCUCUCCACGCACGGUUCUCGCCAACUUCUCGAAAAGCGACACAAGGAAUGGAUCACCCUCUGGAACGCCAACUGCGAUUCCUCGCGACCUAAAAAGCGGUCCGAGUUGUUGCGGGAUCUAGACGAAUGGGAACGCACAGUAGGAAAUCCCGGCGGAGGAGGUUCGAGGAUCGGUGGUUUUGGUAUGACAAUAGGAGGAGGAGCGGGGCAGGGACCCAUGGCUAGAGCGCAAGCUGCCGGCGCGGAGAUCAAGGAUAAAGAGUUUGAUGGGAAAGCGUGGGCGAAUCGGUAUGGAGGGAGUUUUGGGGAUUUGAUCAAGCAGGCUAGGAGGGGGAUUAAGAGGCAGACGUUGGGUGAGGGUGGGGAAGAUAAGGGUGAGGGAGAAAAAGAGAAGGGGUUGGAGACGGAGACUAGCAAGGAGGAUGCCCCAGCUGAACUUCCAGCCGGAGAGAUGAGCGCGCCAACACCGAUGGAUAUCGUCCCGCCGUCGAGUCCACCACGACAUGAGCAGGGGGAGGAUGGUACCGGUAUGGACGAACAACAACAAGUAAUACCAGGGACGCCAGAAAGGGCGCAGCAAUGGGAGGCUUCACAGCAACAACCACCAAUAGCUGGCGAUGCUUAA